UCAUUGUCCGGAUCUGACAAAUUAAUAUCAUCAUGAAAAUUUUAUUAUUAGUUUGUUUUUACAUUUCAAUCAUUCGACCAAAAUUUUAAUAAAGAAAAACAUUGAUUUUCGAAUUAAAAUGGUCAAAACAUUGAUCGUUGAUACGACAGCUGCACAUUUGAAAAAAAGUAAACGAAGACAACGACAAAAUUUUUUCUAUAAAAUUUCAUGUCUAAUCUACAUAAUAAUUGUCAUCAUAUUAAUGAUGUUUCUUAUUACACGUGCAUUUAAAUAUAAAUUUGAUGAAAAAUAUUCAAAAUGUCAUCAAUCCUAUUGGAUCGAUACAGUCAUAUCAAUUUUAACAAUGAUUAUUAUUGUUAUUGCAUCCGGUAUUAUAAUGGCAUCAUCGAAUUUUGUGUUUGCAAAACCACCACCACCAAUCGAACGAUUACAAUCGGUAAAUCCAACCGAAGAUUUUAUUCGUCGUAAUAGUUCAGUUGAUCCUAAUCGUAUAAAUUCGGAAGUAAAAAUCACUAAAAAUCCAUCAGUUGGUUCAGAUUGUUGGCUAACAGCCGUUCGUAAUGAAGCAUAUGAAAAUCAACGUCGAAAAUCAUCAUCAUCAUAUAAUCCAAAUCUUUUGCAUGUUUAAUCAAUUUUUUUAAAUAGUUAUUUUUAAUCAUAUAUUUAACGUUACAAAGUUUUUU